AUGGAUGGUGUUGACGAUGUCGAUAGCAUCGAUGCAAAUACACAUCGCAUCAAGUUUCGCUUAGGGUAUAGCACUGUCUCGGCCAUCGGCGAAGCAAACGACAAUAAACACCUAAAUGUCCUACGUCUAUCGAUUAUCCGCGAUCCUUUCGAACGUACUAUUAUAGCGCUAAUUUUAUCGCUCCCUGCUUUCCUCCAACAAUUAAUUGCAGCGAUUUUCCCCGGCUUCUUCCUCCCCGAUCGCGUUGUGCUCAAAACGGCUAAGCCAGGCUGGCUUGAGGAAUUCGACAAUGAGAAGCAUAUGUAUGAGAGACUACAAAGUCUACAAGGCCGUGUGAUACCCAAGUUCUACGGCGAGGCAGAAUCCGAAGGAGGUCGCACGCUUAUACUCUCAGAGGUGGUCGGCAUCUUGCCGUGGGAACAGCAGCGGCCACCUCUCGAGCCCGAGAAGUUCAAGAAACUCGUCGACAUCGCGUUCCAUGAGCUUAAUGUAUUCGGCUUGGGUUAUGAGGAUAUCAAACUGGACAAUUUUAUCCUCGUACAAGACCAUAUCGUACUGGUGGACCUAGAGUCUGUGUAUGAGCCCAAAUCGGAAGAUAGGGAAUAUGCGUUCCAUUGCGAUAGGGCACAUGUUGAAGUUGUAUACCAGAGAUACUUGAAUCACUAUGACGAUGACGACUGA